CGUGUAAUUAAUAUUUCAUAUUAAACUCAUAACGAUAACACGAAAUUAACAAAUAUUAUUUGGACGAUGAUGAACAUCCACGCUUUGGUUGUAGCGGUUUUUUCUUGUUAUAUAAAACUUGAUGCGGUUCCACCAGAAGCAUGUUUCGCAAAGUUUAGAUGGGAGAACUGCGGAGGUGUUCCAGAGCGUGUUUUCUACUAUUGGAAACCAGGAUCAAGAUGUGAGGUCGGGAUCUGGCAAGGAUGUCUCCCGAACUUGAACAUGUUCAAAGAUGAGUACGAGUGCGUCUCGACCUGCAUCUUCGGUUCGAGAGCCUUGGCUCCGGAUUAUCACGUGAUCGUUGACGAAACCACUGAAGCAACGACCGAGUUCGAGACAACAACGGAAUUGAAUACUGAAAUCACGACAGAUACUGAAGGUACAGGAAGCACAUCUGGACCAAAUGUUACGGCCACUGAACCAGCUGGUGGGAACAGUACGGGUGGGGGUGCAAAUACAACAGCAACACGCUAAAAAUUAUAUAAAACUUUUUUAUUGAAUAAAUCAUUCUACAAUUUCUUUUUUAACAAAA